AUGUCAUUGCGGAUGACUUCGUCCUCUCGGUCUGGAAAUGGAGCCAGCAGGGAGCGUGCUACGAAUGUCGAUCACCGCAGCACCGAUGAUGCCAAUGCUAAGAACAGGGAGUACCAAGGCAUGACCAUGCUAGCCGAGACGAUUGAAGGCCAGCACUGGGAACAGCAACCUGAUGCCAUGCCUCCCAUGGGCGCGACUACUUUUCAGUCGCACAUCGCCGAAAUGGCCCCCACGACGGGUGAUUACCCUGCCACACAACCGGAGCUUCCAUUCGGUUCCAUGACGUCAGACUGCGUGGCAGGUGUUAACUCCAACAACCGACGUUCUGCUCAGCAGCAGCAGCAUCAGAAGCAGCGGGCAUCGUGGCUAAAUCCCCACUCAAUGAAUUCUACAAUUACACAAUCCAUGCAGGAUGGCGGGAUUACCGCCGGAGGAGCCACCAACGCCUCUUGCUCUCGUCCCUCUGUUGCUGCUGCUGCACAACACCGGUACCUCAACUUUCAAAAUCCAGCUGCCACCAAUGAGAGCAUGCCAUCCUCAGCGUACUCUGCAUUCACGCCACCGGUAUACGGACCCUCCGUAGCCACCAAGUACUCACAGUUUGUUGAUAUCACCACAAACACCGGCUACAUGACGCCCUUUGAAUUACUUGAGCGCACUACUUUUUUACCGGGGCCCGCAUCCGCACCCGUUGACGCGUUGGGUGGUAGGGUGUCCAAAGAGGGAGGCUACACCACCAGCCUCGACCGAAUUAGAACCAACGGGAGUUUAGAGGAGCCUCCCGCGGUUGCUAUUUCACAUAACAGCAUUGCUGGUGCGAGUACGCAAUCGGCGUGUUGUUAUCCGAGCUCGCAGCAGCUGCUGUCGGCCUUAUCGUCCGCCCCACGGGUGGCGCUGUCGCCGCAGCCAAGCACGCAAUUCCGUCAGACCCGACAGGAGCGAUCCAAUCCCGGUAGCGGGGUACCCAGGAACAACCGGGAGGAGCCCGUGGUUGUUGAAGAGAAGGAUCCUCGCUUUUCGACGCAGACGGAAGCGCCGUCGACCCGCUCGCUAUCGCCGCAUCCCGCACCCAAGCGUCGAGGCGCGGGCGCGGCGAUUGGGGAAACGGCGCCCGGCCUCGCCCUGGAUGGCACCCCUUUACACCAAACCACCAAGCUUCGCGCCGGUUCCCACCAGCAACACACGAACGCCUCGAUGCUCUCUUCCUUUAUGGGCAUGACCGCGUCCACGAAGGCAGUGAGCACGCCCAUGGCUCGUGAUGCGCACGGCGUGCAUCACUCCCAUCCUGAAGGGGAUGACGACGAUGUCAAAGCGUGUUUGGAUUCGAAGCUCGUAACCCCGCAGGCACGGGGGCCACACACCUUACAGGAUGACAACAACGCCAGCGCCGGCGCGGCACCCACCCCGACGCCAGUUCGAACUCUUCUCACGGAGUCGAACAUCAAUGCAGGUAACCCUGAACUCACCAAGAAGCCGGCGACCACUUCCUCGACUCAGAUUAAAGGGGUUAUGCAAAAGCUGCUUCACCAUAUCCAAAUGAAAAAAACGUUUGAGCACGAUUCGGCGACCAAUCCGACAUAUGCCCCAGAAGCAUUUCCACAAGGGGGGGAGGGAGCGUCAUCGUUCACACUCACCAACUUUACUUCUACUUGUUCGGUAUCAAACCUUGAGAUUGGGAAUGGCAACAAACCAAGCGACUUCGCGACGAGCUUUCACACUGAAUCAAGCCUUGCCUCCAUCAUGCAGCUCAACCGACAGGGGUCGCAGCGCGGGGGGUCCCGUCAAGGCAAGGAAGGUCGGCAGCCGCCCAGGCAGAAGCAUCAGCGCGAAAAGAAAGCGGCGCAGCCUAAUGCCCCUCCUUUUGCCUCCUCUCUGGCCCAGCAGGAGGGCACCCCGACGAACGAAACCCCCGACCACGAAACGGCCCUCCCCGAGGGGUCGGAUAAAUGCGAGGACGGCAAGAACACCAAAGGGGGGGCGGCGGACGCGAACCACAACCCGGUCGUCAGUCGAUCCCUUCAGCCAUCCUUGAUGGCCUCGAUCGGCACGCCGGCGUUGCCGCGGACGACGGGCGUAGGCGGGGAGCCGCCUCUCGCCCCUUCCCGCCUCUCCUCCCCGCUCCCGUCGGAGCUUCCGCCGCCCGCAUCCGCGUUUGCGGGGAAGUCCCACUCGCCGAGGACCCCUUCCCAGCCUUCCGCGACGGCGGCGCGGAAGGUCUACUCCGUCCUCCUGGAAGGCCACAUGGGGCAGCGGUCCGCCGCCCUCUCGGUUGUUCCCUUUGAGCGGGAUGUCUGCGUCCUCUUCGAGGGCGACCGCGGGGUGGAUAUGGGAUGCGUCGUCAAGUGUGAGGAGGUGGACGAGAAGCUUAGCAACGCCAGGGAGUUCGACCUCAGGGUUGGGAAUGAGAAACACAAGAAGAAGCACGUCCCACCCCUCGUGCUUCGCCUCGCGACUGAGGAGGAGCAGGACGACUGGCUGCACACCCAGGUGGAAGAGGCGCAGCAGGCGAUUCAGCCCUGCCGCGAGGCCGUCGAGAACCUCGGCCUCCCGCUCACGAUUGUCAACGCGGUGUACCAAUUCAAUCGAGAAAAACUGACGUUUUACUACGAAAGCGACGUGCGUGUGGACUUUAGGCAGCUUUUGCAGAUGAUGUUCGCAAGGUUUUACUGCCGCAUCUGGAUGGAGCGAGCCACACCACUGCCUGCCGCCGUCGCGGUCGGAGACGGUGCCGGCGAUGAUAAGCGGGUCACCAGUUGCCACAGCUAA